CGGGCCUCCGACGCGAGAGGAUGUGUCGCGGCGCCGUCGCCAUGGCCGGCCGGCGUGCCCUUCCGUUCGCCGUCCUCGUUUCAGCUCUUUUUGCGGCCGUUUGUGGGGCCUCGUUCCUGCUCGUGACGCCCCUCCAGUGGACCGCCGGGGAAGGGAACCUCAUUUGCCUGCACCUCCAGCGCUCCGACCGAAGCGCGAAUGACACCUCUGAGAUCGACUUCGUCCACGUCUCCGUCAGGGACCCCAGCGCUUGCGAGGCGGAGCAGGACUGCCAGCCGAUUCUGACCAAAACGUUCAUCGUCCAGCCGGGCGAAGCUAUGGCCUGCCAAGAAGUGAUCGUUCCCCACCUCUGCGGCACCCGCCUUGACCUCCUCUUCGACGGAGAAAUAGGCGGGGUUGACCUCGGUGCUGCCAUCGGGGGGAAAGAGGGAAAGAGGGUCCUCUGGGGUGUUGAGCUACUGACGAUGAAUAACGUGACCUUGCUGGAGACGGACAAGGUGAUGUACAAACCGGGUCAGGAGGUCAAAGUUCGGGUGCUGAGUCUGCACGGGGCCGAGCCGCUGCUGGUCACGGAGGAGUAUCCCGAAAUCUGGGUAACUGCGCCCUCGAAGACGCGCGUUGCCCAGUGGAACAAUGUGAACAACUCGGCGGGUCUCGUCCACCUGUCUUUCCAGCUUGCCGAUGAGCCCGAACAGGGUAUGUACAGAAUUUCCGUUAAAAAUUCUCAAAACGGUGUGACCUGGACAACGUUCGAGGUCAUUGAGUACGUGCUGCCCCGGUUCGAGGUCAAGGUCACGGCUCCGGGUCAUAUUACAGGCAAAGACGAGGCAUUCACCAUCGGCGUGUGUGCAGAGUACACUUUCGGGCAGCCGGUGCGAGGCAGUGCCACCAUCGAGGUUUCCAAUGGCAUGAGUGAUAGGUGCCAGACUCAGCUUGUGGAAACCGAAGAGAUCGCCGGCUGUAAGGACUUCCAGUUCACAACAGAAGAGAUGCGUGUCAUAGACUGCACUGUCGACAUCGUGUAUGUCAAGGUAGUUGUGGAGGAGGAAGGAACAGGCGUCAGGCAGAGCGAGGGAGCAAACAUCGAGAUCAUGAGGCAACUAUAUAAGUUCGAGAUUGUCCAUAAAGACAAAUACAAGAAGCCCAAUGUCCCAUACAAGAUGAAGACAAGGCUGGUCUUCUUCAAUGGCACUGCGGCUGAGUGGGUGCCAGUGGAGGUGUGCGCGGCGGGGAAGUGUGCCACAGUGAUCACCGAAGAGAAUGGCAUCAUUGAAAUCGGCGUCUCGGCGAAAGAUGUCGAAAGCAUUAAGAUGUCAACCUUGGAUGCUCGUGUUGACUUGUAUCAGGCCUCCCUCCAUGUGUCCAUCGUGCCCUUCUUCUCGCCUUCGGAUUCCUCGUUGGUCAUACAAGCGCCUGGAGGUCGGGUGAAGUGCGUGCCAGGUCAGAAGACCAUAAUCAAUCUCCCUGUAUUGUUCUCUGCCAAUAAUCAGUCACGGGCUCGGAUCCACGCUCAGGUCGUGUCUCGCGGAAAGAUCCAGCAUUCCUGGACUGAAGAGGUGGAACUGAAAGCGAGCGAGCUGCCCAUCGACCCCAAAGACCUCAUUGACGCAUCCCCGCCCACCAACCCGUCGCUGCCCAUUGUCACGGGCGUCUUUAGCCUGCAAGUCAUUCUCCCACCCACGGCGUCGCCCGAGGUCAAGAUCCUGAUUUGGUACACGCGGGACGACGGCGAGGUGGUGUCCGACUCGGUCCCGCUGGAUGUGGAGAAGUGCCUCGGAUUUAGUGCCAACCUCGCAUGGUCAGAGGCACAGAGCCAGCCGGGGGAAGAGGUCGAACUAUCGCUCGAGUCUGAACCUUAUGCCGUCUGUUCCUUGGGAGUGGUGGAUCGGAGCACCGAACUGGCAGCGCGAGACCUGUUUUACCUAUCGACCGCUGAAACCCUGCUGGCGAGCCUCGACCGCCGAUUUCGCUGGAACGGCUGGAGCCAGUUUGACCCGCAGGUCGACGAUCAAAAAUACUGCGCCGGGAAGGACUUCGAAGGCAGUGUCGGCGACGGUCCUUCACAUUCCUUCGGAAAGCACUUCUAUUGGAGUGAUUACGUCGAUAGUCUCAAGAUGUUUGACGAUUCUGGUCUUUUGGUAGUUAGUGACAUGACUCUGGAAACUCGACCUUGCAAAAGACCGGACAGCAAAGCAGUGGAACCCGUAUACCUCGAGGAGCCGGACCCCCUGGCGGGCGAGGCACCGGCCGCGGCGAGGACGCGAUUCCCCGAGACUUGGCUGUGGACCUUGGUGGCCGUGCCGUCCAAUGGAGCUGUGGACCAGAAACUUACUCUGCCCGACACGAUCACGGAGUGGGCGGGGCAGGCCGUGUGCGCCCACGCGGACAAGGGCGUGGGGCUGUCCGGGCGGGCGUCCAUCACCGCCUUCACGCCCUUCUUCACCGACCUGACGCUCCCGCCCUCCGUCAAGCGAGGCGAGAUCCUCCCGGUCAAGAUUUCGGUUUUUAAUUAUCUGCAUAAGAAUUUGCCGGUGAGCUUCCUCUUAGAGGACAGCCCCGACAUUGACAUCCUCGUCGAGAGCGAUGAGACGGGAGAAAAGGAGAGCGAGGAAGACGACUUCACCCUGAGAGGACCCAAGAAGCUGAGGACGACCUGCCUGAAGCCGCAGGACAAGGCGGUGCACACGAUCAAGAUCCGGAUGCUGUCACUCGGGGAUGUCAACCUGACAGUCUCGGCCUACGUGGACCACAGCAUCCGGUCCUGUGAGGCUGGGUCGGAGAAGGUCAAGAGGAGAGAUACUUUGAUCAAGAGUAUUAAGGUGGAGGCGGAAGGUUACCUGCGAGAGAAGACUUGGUCUCAAUACAUCUGCGCGAACGAGUCGACCGAGGGAAAGGACGUCCACAAAACGGGGAAGAUCUCGGCUCCCAGUAACAUCGUGAAGGGCUCUGACCGCGCUUGGGUCACGGUGGAGGGUGACCUGCUCGCCCUCUCGAUCCAGAACCUGGGCUCGCUGAUCCGCAUGCCCUACGGAUGCGGGGAACAGAACAUGGUCAACUUCGCUCCCUAUGUGUUCAUGAUGCAGUACCUGAAGGCGACGGGUCAAGACGCGCCGGCGAACACGGAGAAGAUACUCGAAUUUAUGAAAAUUGGCUACCAGCGGCAGUUGCUCUACCGGCGUAGCAAUGGAUCCUACAGCGCCUUCGGGAAUGCAGACGACUCGGGCUCCACUUGGCUCACGGCCUUCGUCCUGAGGUCCUUCGCGCAGGCUAAGGAAUUCAUAUCUAUCGACAUCCAGGCUUUGAACCAAACAACAGAGUGGCUUCUCAGAUCGGAGACAGAACAUGGCUGCGUCGUACCGAAAGGAAAGGGCAUUCAUAAAGGCUUAGAGGGAGAUGCAUCGGGCCCCCUGACAGCUUACGUCUUGGCGGCGCUAAUCGAAGCAGGAACUCCAUCGAGAGCGUCUUUUGUCAAGCACGCCGCCCGCUGCAUCCUCUCUGACAAGUCGAAGGACCCUUACACCCUGGCUCUGAAGUCCUACGCCCUCACUCUGGCUGGACAUCCCAAUGGAAAAAAACUCCUGCGCCAGUUGAUCGAUCUCGCUGUUGUAAAGAAAAAUGCCAUGUACUGGAACCGGCAAGCUGAACCUGCCUGGGGCAAUUCCCUGGCCAUCGAGACAGCCGGGUACGCGGUGCUGGCCAUGCUGAGCCACGGCCCGCAGUUGCACAUGUUGCGGGCGCGGAAGGUGGUCCAGUGGCUCACCAGCCGGAGGAACGGCUGGGGCGGCUUCUACUCCACGCAGGAUACAGUCGUCGCCCUCCAAGCCAUGGCGAGAUACGAGGCCCACAAAGAGCAAAAGACGCUGGACGUCGUCGUCGCAAUCUCCACCAGGAAUUUCUCGGUGACCCUCAGCGUCACCGAGGAGAACAGGCUCCUGCAGCAGCGACACACAAUCCCCCAGCUUCCCACUAAAAUCAGAGCCGGCGUAGGAGGCCGAGGAUGUGCGAUCGUGCAGGCUGUCCUCCGCUACAACGUGCCCGAGGCCGAGCCGAGCGACGCCUUCAGCCUGCGCGUGCAGGCCAUCAACGACCCGCGCGGCGGCUGCGUCGAGAAGCGCCUCGAGGCCUGCUCCGCCUACCUCCUCCCCGACGGCAAGUCCAACAUGGCCGUCAUCGAGGUCAACCUCGUGUCCGGCUUCAUCCCCGGGAAGGACGACCUGAAGGAGGUCGUGCGUCGAAACCCCAAGGUCGUCAAGCGCUACGAGGUGGACGGCAGCAAAGUCACCUUCUACAUGGACGAGUUCACGACCGGAGAGGAAGUGUGCGUGAGUUUCCGAGUGACCCGCGAGGUGGAGGUGGAGGACGCCCAGCCGGGGACGGUGGUCGUCUACGACUACUACCAGCCCGAGUUCUCCGUCAGCCAGAAUUUCGUGUUUGUACCCAUGGAAGGCUGUUCAUAACAGCAUGGCUUGGAAUCCUUUAGGAUGCCAUAGUUAUAUUUUUUUUCAUGGUUAAACUGAAAUCAUUUAAGUUUACCUGUCCUGAAUGUAUACAAAAAUGCGUUGGCUUCAGAACAGGAAGUAUUAUUAUUCUGUACUUUUUCUUUUCUUUUCUUUUCUUUAACAACAGAGAUUGUUUAUUUUCCCUUUUGAUGCGUUUAGGAUUGUAAGAAGUACAACAAAAGGAAUUCAGAAAGGAAGACAUUUGAUUUAAAAAAAUGUAUUUUGUCCCCAACAUAAAUUGAAUUCAGAAAGGAAGAAUUUUAAUA